UGUUUUGGUUUUAACACCACGCACGUUUCUUGCAUACAUUUGUGUACACCAAAAGCAUUAUUUUAUAAUUGUCACUUAUUAGAUUUUAAAUAAUAAUUGACAAUAACAAUGGACAACAUGGAUAUCCCAGGAGACAUUCUGACAGAAGGCUUUAAAUUGAGUGAUUUAUUGGACAAGGGUGUAACCAUAACUUUAGACAAUAAUCCAGAGAAAAGGGUUUAUGAUUACUAUGAGAAUGACUUUUUUGAAACUCCAUCUCGCAAGGAAAGCUAUGAAAGAGGUGCUCCGGGAGAACAGAGCUUUGAAGAAAUAUCAGCACGCAUGACCAAUGUAGAUGAUACGGGAUUGAUAAAAAAAGCCCUUCUCAAGCAAGGGUACGGAGCAAAAGUAGCUGAAGGUGCUCAUGUUCUAAUCCAUUAUAAUGGAUUUUGGGAUGGUGAGAAUGUAUCUUUUGAUUCAACUCUGCUGCGUGAAGACCCAAAAUCAUUUAUUAUUGGUGAAGGAGAGAUAUUGCCAGGAAUAGAAGAAGCUGUGAAAACUAUGACUCAAGGUGAAGAAGCUGAAUUUCUUGUGUCUUAUACAUUACUUUUUGGAGAGGCUGGUUGUCCCCCACGUGUAAGACCAAAAGCUGAUGCGCUAUUUUAUAUUAAUGUUGUCAGAGUAAUUGAACAUUAUAAGGAUUCUAUUAUGUAUAAAAGCCAACAGAGUACUGAGAAAAAAUUUGAAGAUGUGUACAAGUAUGCGAAAUCUUUACAUCAAAAUGGGCUGGAAGCAUUUAAGCUCAACAAUUUAGAAGCAACUUUGAAAUAUUUUCAUAAGGCAGUAAAUAUUAUGGAAUUUUCUCAACAAAGUUGUGAGGCAGAACAAGAAAUGCAGAAGGCUUUGCUAAUAAAACUCUACACAAAUUUGGCAGUUUGUUAUAACAAACGAAAUAAUCCUAAAAGAGCUUGCAUUAUGUGCAAUGAGUUAGCUAGAAUCACUAAUAUCAACACUAAUUGCAAAGUUUUGUACCAAAAGGCAAUUGCAUUACAAAACCUAGGAGAAUAUGAACGUGCAAAAGCCUUAUUGAUGAAAGCAAAAAAUUUGAAACCAACUGAUGAAGAUAUUAACAAACGAUUAAUAAAUCUAGUAGAUUUAAUAGAACAAGAAACUAAGCAAGAAAAGGCUAUAUGUGCAAAAAUAUUCAAUUUGAAGCCUGAUCAGAAUCCAUCAAAAAAAGAUGAAACACUGGAAACUUAUCAGAAUAAAAAAAUCUUAGACAUUGUUGAGCAAUUCCAGGCAUCAAAUAGUACUGAACUCACAUUAUCAUUAUUUUUGUCUACGAAUGAUGUGAAUUAUAUUAAAGUUUUGUUAAGUAACCCAAAAUACAAAAUGACAUUGCAGAAGGUGAUGGAUAAUUAUAUACUUAAGAAAAAAUAAGAACCAACCAGUAUUAUGCUUUAUAUCUUAGAAAACUUACUCUAUUUUGGAUAAUUAUAUACUUAAGAAAAAAUAAGA